AUGUCUGGUUCAUCGUCGGAUGAUGAGUUUGAGCUGACAUACUCAACUCAAACCAAUAGUGUUGAUGAGGCAGUGGUUGGAAAAAUCUCAAACAAUUCGGACCAUUGGGAUCAUGAUAAUGGUGGUUCAGCUCAUCACCUAGACAAAAAGACUGUACACAACAACCUUCAUGAAGAUAGUAACCAUCAUAGCAGCCCCACUCAUUCAGCAGCGGCUCAUCAACCAACAACAUCACCCCAUCACAACAACACCAAAGCGGACGAACACAAUGAACAUCAUGGAAAGAUGCAUCAUGAAACCAACAACAGCUCUCAAGAAUUUGCUCCACAGCCAACCUUCAACGAAGCAAGGACUGUUACUCUUUCCACAACCAGCUCUAGCACUGAACUCAGGUCUAGGAGCAGUUCAACUACAUCAAACUCAUCAUCGUCUACAACCUCAUCUUCGGUGUUGUCAAGUGGAGAGCAAAAAAGGUCUUCACUCAGAACAGCUGAAAAUGGCGAAAUAACAAUUGACAUGAUUCAACAAAACAUCAAACUGCAAAAACAAUUGAUUGAAAAAUCUUUGAAAGAAAAGGAAAAACUCAAAAAAGAGAAAGAGAAGGAAGAGUUAAUCCAAGGCAAUAUUGAUUAUUGGCAUCAUACUAUUAUGCCACACAUAGAAAAAUUUGGAUGUAUUGAUAAGACUAUGUAUAAAAAGUGGUACAGAAACGGAAUACCCAGCCCACUAAGAAGCAAAAUAUGGCCAAUGUCUGUCGGAAAUGAGCUACAAAUUACACCAGAACUUUAUGCAAUUUUGAAGGAUAAGAGAAAUAUUCCUACCAAUUUUGAAAAACAAUCAUCAUCUAUUGACUUGAUUCAGGUAGAUCUAUCAAGAACAUUUCCAGCAUUACAAUUUUUCCAAUAUCCUGACGGUCCUUAUUAUCAACCAUUCAAAACAAUUUUGGAAUGCUACUCAAAGUUCAGACCUGAUAUUGGUUAUGUACAAGGAAUGAGCUACAUUGUCGCUACUCUUUUACUUUAUAUGGAUGAGUACGAUGCUUUCGUUUGUUUUUGCAAUUUGCUACACAGAUCUAAGUGCAAUUCCAAUCCAUUAGCGAUGAGUUUGGUUGGAACACCCGCCGGAGCGGCCGCCACCUCUGCAACAACAUCCUCCUCAUCUGCUUCCUCGAUUGUAUCCUCCUUAUUGUUUGGUCCAAAGAAGAGAACGGCUGCAUUUACGGCCAAUUAUCACACUUUAUACAGCAGCAACCACUUCAUUCCAUUCUUUAGCAUGAACACAGAUUAUAUUGAUAAGCAUGUGAAAUUUGUGCGAAUAUUAUUAAGGGAACAUCAUAUGCCGCUCUACAAACACAUGGUAGAGGAGUUGAAAAUUGAAUUUUCUGUCUUUAUCAUCGAUUGGUUCAUGACUCUGUUCAGCAAGUCUCUUCCAUUAGAUGUUGUUGCAAGAAUUUGGGAUGGCUAUCUGGUUCAUGGCCGUUUGUACCUAUAUUCAUGCACUAUUGGUAUUUUAAUCUAUUAUCAGCAAGAAUUGCUUCAUGCAGACUAUGAAAGAAUAAUGUACUUUUUGACACAUCUCUCAGCCGCCACAAAUCAAUUCCAAGAUCUUGAUAUUGUUUCCUUAUUUUCCAUCAUUAAUGUUGAUUGUAGACUAAGCGACAGAAGAAUCAACAAGUACAUUAGAAUGAUGGAAAAAUAA